ACUGUUAUGAUGAGCUGGUCGCUCCCCUGUACUCUUCGUCCCUCGGUGCUUCCUCCAGAUACAACAUCUUCUACACACCUGGCUUUGCCCGGCUCUACAGCACUAGUGGCUGGUCUCCGGACCCCAGGGACAAGCAGCCUUGGCUCCAGAUUGACUUGAUGCAGAAGCACAUGAUCAAUGCGGUGGCUACACAGGGGACAUACAACACACGUGACUGGCUUACCCACUACAUUGUGCUGUAUGGAGACCACCCAAGCAGCUGGAAGCCCUUCUUUCAGCGAGGGAGCAACUGGACAUUCUUUGGGAACGUGAAUGAGAGCGGUGUGGUGAUCCAUGACUUGCACUACCCCAUCCUGGCUCGCUACCUCCGCAUCAUCCCAGUGGGCUGGAACCCCAGUGGCAAGAUUGGGCUACGCCUGGGCCUCUAUGGCUGCCCCUACCGGUCUGAUGUGCUCUACUUUGAUGGGGAUGAUGCCAUCUCCUACCGAUUCCGAGGCAAGACUGUCAGCACCCUGCAGGACACCAUCUCCUUCAACUUCAAGACAUUGGAGCGGGACGGGGUGCUGAUGCACGGGGAGGGCUCACAGGGUGACUACAUUACUGUAGAGCUGAAACAGGCCCAGCUGGUACUGCACAUCAGCUUAGGCAGCAGCCCACUGCACUCCAGUGAGGGGCACACAACAGUGACAGUGGGUAGUCUCCUGGAUGACCACCACUGGCAUUCACUGCAUAUUGACCGCUACGGCCAACAUGUCAACCUGACCCUGGAUGGGGAAGUCAAACACUUCCGCUGCAAUGGGGAUUUUGACCAGCUGAACCUUGACACCGAGGUGUUCUUUGGGGGUGUGGUCAACCAGGAGAAGCAGAGGCUGGUCUAUCGGCAGAACUUCCGGGGCUGCAUAGAGAACAUCUACUUCAAUGGCGCCCACAUUGCUGAUCUGGCUCGCAGGAAGAAGUCCAACAUCCGUUUUGAGGGCCGCGUUGGCCACUACUGCGAGAACCCACCCUACGCACCCAUCACCUUCGCAGGCAUCAACAACUACCUGCAGGUACCGGGGAUCCCACGCAGGAACCGUAUGUCUGUCAGCUUCAAGUUCCGCUCUUGGGAUACGGUGGGGCUACUGAUGUACACCAGCUUUGCUGAUCGCCUGGGCUCCCUGGAGAUGGUGCUGAGUGAGGGCCAGAUCAAUGUCUCCAUUACCCAGCCUGGCAAAAAGAAGCUGGAGUUUGCAGCAGGGUACCGCCUCAAUGAUGGCUUCUGGCAUUCAGUGCUGUUGGUGGCACGGGAUGGCUCAGCCGUGGUAACCAUUGAUGAUGAUGAUGGGGCAGAGUUCCGCGUGGCGCACCCUUUCCAGCUGCGCACCGGGAGCCAGUACUUCUUUGGGGGUUGCCCCAAGCCUGCCUCCAUCACUGGCUGCCUAUCAAACCAGACUACUUUCCAUGGCUGCCUGCAGAUGAUCAGUGUGGACGCACAGCCCGUGGACUUGGAGUUACUGAAAUAUCACCGCCUGGGAAAGUACUCGGAUGUGUUCUUUGAUAUGUGUGGCAUCACAGACAGGUGCACCCCCAAUCUUUGUGAGCAUGGUGGUCAUUGCCUGCAGUCCUGGGAUGAUUUCAUCUGCAUCUGUGACCUGACGGGAUAUCAGGGAGAGACCUGCCACAAACCUGUUUACAAAGAGUCAUGUGAAGCAUAUCGGCUCAGUGGGAAAACAACUGGGAACUACACUAUUGACCCUGAUGGCAGUGGGCUCCUCAAGCCCUUCACUGUGUACUGCGAUAUGAGAGAGGAUCGAGCAUGGACCAUCAUCCGGCACAACCGGCACUAUGCCACACGGGUGUUAGGCUCCAGUGUGGACCGGCCUUUCUUGGGGGCAGUGGAGUACUGGAAUGCCUCAUGGGCCGAAGUGUCAGCCCUGGCCAAUGCCUCUGAAUACUGUGAGCAGCGCAUUGAGUUCUCCUGCUACAACUCCCGCCUGCUCAACACACCCUCUGGGCUGCCCUUCAGUUUCUGGAUGGGCCGCCAUGACCAGCGCCAUUACUACUGGGGAGGCUCACGCCCAGGCAUCCAGCGCUGUGCCUGUGGCCUGGACAAGAACUGUGCUGACUCCAGGUUCUUCUGCAACUGUGAUGCUGACCAUGCCCUUUGGAGGGUAGACAAGGGACUCUUGAACUUCGUGGAUCACCUACCUGUCACUCAGGUUGUGGUUGGAGAUACCAACCGAUCCAGCUCUGAGGCCCAGUUCCUGUUGGGGCCGUUGCGGUGCUACGGAGACCGGAAUACCUGGAACACAGUCUCCUUCAACAAAGGCACCGUCCUGCUCUUCCCCACCUUCCAGGUCAACCAGAGCCUUGACAUUUCCUUCUACUUCAAAACCACUUCCUUGUCUGGCGUCUUCCUGGAGAACUCAGGCUACAAGAACUAUAUCCGUGUUGAACUCAACACUACCAGGAAUGUGCUCUUUGCCUAUGACAUUGGGAAUGGGCACGAGAACCUGACAGCGAGUUCCAUCUUCCCCUUCAAUGAUGACGAGUGGCACUGGGUGCAGGCCGAGCUCAAUGUGAAGAUGGUGCGACUGCGAGUAGAUGAGCUGCCCUGGGUUGUGCGGGCAGCCCCACCCCAGACCUAUGUACAGCUGGAGUUUGACAAGCCCCUUCAUGUUGGGGCAGCUGAGCACAAGCUGCGUCCCUUCCUGGGCUGCCUGCGGGGAUUGCGCGUGAAUGGUGUGACGCUGAACCUGGAGGGCAAGGCUAAUGAGACGGAGGGCGUGCGGGUGAACUGCACCGGCUACUGCCAGAACCCACGGGUGCCCUGCCAGAACAGCGGGCUCUGCGUGGAGCGCUACAGCCACUACACCUGCAACUGCAGUAUCUCUGCCUUCGACGGGCCCUUCUGCAACCGUGAUAUUGGUGGUUACUUCGAGGAGGGCACUUGGGUUCGCUACAACAUCCUGUCAGCUUCACUGUAUGCUACCCACGAGUUCGCCAGUAUUGUGAGCCAGCCCCUGCCCGGCUACAACUUGACAAGUGAGGAGGUGAGCUUCAGCUUCAGCACCACUUCCGCCCCUGCUGUGCUGCUCUACGUCAGCUCCUUUGUCAAGGACUACAUGGCUGUGCUCAUCAAGGAUGAUGGCAGCCUGCAGUUGCGGUACCAGCUGGGCACCAGCCCCUAUGUCUUCGCACUGACCACCAAGCCUGUGACAGAUGGAAGGCCCCAUCGUGUCAACAUCACCCGUGUCCACCGCACGCUCUACACACAGGUGGACUUCUUCCCUGUCAUGGAACAGCAGUUCUCUCUGUUUGUGGACAGCAAGCUGGACUCGCCCAAGAACCUGUAUCUGGGCCGUGUAAUGGAGACGGGUGUAAUUGACCCAGAGAUCCAGAGGUACAACACACCUGGCUUCUCCGGCUGCCUCUCAGGGGUGAAAUUUAACACCAUUGUGCCUCUCAAGUCCAUCUUCCGCCCGAGCAGCAUGAUGGUGCACUACAAUAUCCGGGGGGAGUUGGUGGAGUCCAACUGUGCAUCCAUGCCUCUCAGCACCAUGCCCAUUCCCCCGGAGAUGGAUCCCUGGUACAUGGGCACAGAGUUCCCUCAUGUGCAUGAUGACGGCUGGAUUGGGAUCAUCAUUGGAUUCGUGAUAUUUCUGCUGCUGCUCCUUGGUGGCCUACUGGUGCUACUGUAUCUCUACUAUCACCGCUACAAGGGCUCAUACCACACCAACGAGCCGAAAGCCAUUCAGGACUACAGCAGUGCAGUCAAGCCCCUUGCCAGCCGCAAGGACCAGAACCUGCCCCAGAUCCUGGAGGAGGCAAAAAGUGACUAGCUGUUGGAACAGGGCUGGGUGGAGG